UAGCAAUCGGUCCGGUCGGUUAGGCGAGAACGGAAGGUCACUGCGCGUUGUUGCGCAUUUCAAUUCGCAUCCUCGUCGUCCCGUACGUGCUUUUGACGCGAGUGAGUCUUUUGAGAGCACCGAAAGUGAAGUGAAAUGUCGGGCGUUCGUGGCAACAUCGUCGUCGUGUCGGAUACGAUACACGGUGCGAAGUCUCGUGUCGCGUUCAAUCAUGUUUUGCAUCUUCUCCGUUGCCUCGUAUUUUGAGUUUCCGACGCUCGUGAGUACCAGGAAGUAUCGAAGACGAAGGAUCGCGCGUUCGUGCCAAGUGUGAAUCAAAAGACGAAUCGUCGUGAGGUGGAUCUUGAAUCUCGAAUGUUCGAGAACGGCCGAGACGGAGUUGGACGAAGCGACUAGUGGCGAACGUUAACAGGACGCUCCAGCAAACGAGCAAACUUAUGAAAGGAGGGUUAUGUUCGUACUUAGGCGAAACAUCUAGAAACUGCUAGAAACGUAUGCCGACUCCGCUUUCACCCCGGCGAGAUUAUUCUGAGUUCCAUCAGACUUGGCGAGCAUCGUUGAGGAUUGGCUUAUCGUGCAAGGAGCACGCUAAGACACUACGAGACGAAAAUUCGCGCAUAUCACCGAACUACGUGCGAACGUAAUUGUCGAGCUGCGUAGAACGAAAGAAAGAGGUUAGAUUUCCAAGUUUGUCGGAAUACAUAACGAGCCUCGAGCGAGGAAAUUGACGUGAACACAGCAAGCAGACGUAUAAAUUGCAAACUAGAGCAACGAGUACGAAUUGCAAAGCAGCAACCAGAGAAAUACGAUAUGAGCACUCAGCAGAGCCCGGCCGCCCUGCAGCAGACCGUCGACCGCGAGAAAGUCUACACGUGGAUAAUCGAGCUCUCUAAUCCGGAGACGAGAGAGAAUGCCCUCCUGGAGUUGAGCAAGAAACGUGAGGUAGUGCCUGACCUAGCGCCCAUGUUGUGGCACUCGUUUGGCACCACGGCGUCACUCCUGCAAGAGAUAAUCAACAUCUAUCCGGCGAUCAAUCCCGCGACCCUCACCGCCUAUCAGAGCAACCGGGUGUGCAACGCCCUAGCGUUGCUGCAAUGCGUGGCCAGUCAUCCGGAAACGAGGUCCGCAUUCCUGCAAGCACAUGUCCCAUUAUUUCUAUAUCCAUUUCUUCACACUGUAAGCAAAACACGACCAUUUGAAUAUCUUCGCUUAACAAGUCUCGGUGUGAUUGGCGCACUAGUUAAAACUGAUGAGCAAGAAGUGAUCACUUUUCUUCUCACUACUGAGAUUAUCCCACUUUGCUUACGAAUUAUGGAGAGUGGCUCAGAACUGAGUAAAACCGUCGCGACAUUUAUACUACAGAAGAUAUUGUUAGAUGACAGUGGCUUGUCCUACAUCUGUCAAACCUACGAUAGAUUCAGUCAUGUCGCCAUGAUAUUAGGGAAAAUGGUUUUGUCUUUGGCCAAAGAUCCCUCCGCACGACUGCUCAAACAUGUUGUACGGUGUUAUUUACGACUCUCUGACAAUGCAAGAGCACUGUUAGCACUAAGGCAGUGCUUGCCUGAUCAGCUAAGAGAUAAUACAUUUGCAACAUGUUUGCAAGAGGAUGCUUCAACUAAGCAUUGGUUGAAUUUGCUUCUUAAGAAUCUAGAGGCUGGUCCGCAACAGGGUCCGCCGACUCAACCAGGUCAGCAAGAUCCCAGGACGAUUGGUAUGUCACCACUAACAUCUUAAGUUAUCCACUUUUUUUGAUGAUGAUCAUAUUUGUCGUACGAGAACGAACUUCAAACAAUUCAGGUAAGUCGUUCUAUAUCUUUUUUUUUUACGAAACGGUGCAUAGUAAUAGAUGGACAUGCUAUCUGCAUAUUGUAAUUAUGAAUUGUGCUGUGAAAUCUAGUGAUAAGUAUAUUGAUUGGCAAUUCAGUUAUGAUUGUUGUAAAUAUGUAUAGACGCUUGUGGCGAGAUCUACCAAUUAUAAUCGGUUUGAUUUCAAUGGGCAUGCAAUUGCUCUUUGAAUCAAGGCUAUCAACUAAUAACCCUAACAAACUUAGAGAAAUCAAAACAAAUUUUAUACAAGCAAGGUAUUAUGGUAUAGGAAUUUUAAUGCAUAAUAUAUGAAAAUUAUAUAUAAAAAUUUAAUGUGUAAAAAAAUGAGGAUUGUGUAUAAAAUUUGUGAGUGUGAUUAUCUAUCAAGAUAAAUCAACUUUAUUAAUUGUUAUAUUUACGCUUAGAUGCGCCGGAUAUUUUGGUAGAUUUUACAACAUUGAUGCGUUAUUCAUUACCUAAAAAUGUAUGCCAUGAAUCAGUAUUUAAUUACGCAAAAAAAAUCGUUCUUCAACAAAAAUAGAUAUGCAGAUAUAUUAGACUAACAAGGUUUGUUCUCUCUGUACAUUAUUGUCGGCCUAAUUAAAUAGGCAAUAUACAAUGUGUAAAACUUUGAAUCACUGCCUAGGUUUAUAUAGUAAUUUACAUAAGAUUCUAAUUUUCGCGCGUGUAACGAGUUGUAUUCGAAGUUAAUCCCACUUUGUAUUGUGAUUGAUCGAUGACGUUGCAUUGUGUAGUUUAAACCAUUAAGUCAGGGAUGUGCAACUGGCAGCUCACGGGCCAGAUUUGAUCCAUGAAGUUUUCCAAUUUGGUCUGCGACAUCUUGAACCGUAGAAAAAAAUGAAAAAUAAACUGAAUUAUUAAAGCGCAUAGUGCCAAAAUUUGAUUUUAAUGUAUG